CUCAUUCUAAUACGGCCUACAACAGAACACGACCAAAAUUUCAUGUCUAGUGAAUGUGCUAACUUUGCUCCAAUGAAGUUGGGCAAUGGCUUCAUUCGUUUUUCCAAAAUAAGGGGUUUCGAUUGGGGUUUAGCCGUUUAGGUAUAAUAACGGGCAACUUCGCUGCUAUUAAGCGCAAAACUUCCCCCCUCCUAGCGACAACAAUUCCUACAUCUAAUCGUUGAAACUGGUAGAAAAUUACACAAAAUAUGUGGUAUUUGUGCGUAUUCUUCCAUAGAUUGUUAGAUUACAGAAAACCAGAAGUUGAAGCUCUUGCUGAGUUAUUUGGAGCUUUUCCAGACCACAAUAAUGGCGACACUCGUAUUCUUCAAUGGAAGCUACCGGAUAAUUUCCACAAUGACUGUCCAUUUCACUUCGUUAAUCUUCCUUCUGAGGAAAUUGCCUGCAAAAUUGCUAAGCGAAGUAUACUUGUGAAGGGUAUGUAUGAAAUUUGGGGUGAAGGAAGUAGUUAUGAACAGCUGGAGGAUGCUGUAAACACCUAUCCGGAUGAGAGGAAGUUGCCGUACUUAACAUGUGAACACACUUUCAAGAUCAAUAUUGAUAGCUUUGGAAAGACUUUCAGUACCGAGGAGCAAAAAGAACUCCUUAAGAAGCUUGAAUUCAUUCCUUUCAAGGGACGAGUGAAUCUACGGAAACCAGAUCAUAACUUUUGGCUGAUUGAAAUUGAUAAUUACGGAAAUAAUAAUGGCCUUCCACCAAUUGUUGAAAAGAGAAUCUUUUUUGGACGAGAGAUUGGUGCUGCAGACAGAGCGCUUUUGCCAACAUAUCAAUUAAAGAGCCGUGUUUACAUUGGACCAACAGCUAUGGAUGCCGAAAUGGCUUUCUUAAUGGCCAACCAAGGCCUUGCUGCCCCUGGGAAGCUUGUUUAUGAUCCAUUUGUUGGCACCGGAAGUGUUCUGGUAGCUGCCGCACAUUUUGGUGCAAUGACAAUGGGUGCAGACAUUGAUAUAAGGGUGGUUCGUGACGGUCGAGGACCUGACCGUAAUGUGUGGAGUAAUUUUAAGCAGUAUGGAUUGCGAGAACCAAUAUCCCUGCUGAGGGCAGAUAAUAACCUUCCUCCUUGGCGUGCUGGUCUCAAAGAGAUGUUUGAUGCAAUAAUCUGCGACCCACCUUACGGUGUUCGUGCUGGUGGACGUAAAUCCGGUGGUAGAAAGCUGCUCAAGGGUGUCGUAGGCCCUUAUACAGUUCCCGAUGACAAGAGAGAAGGCCACAUACCAUCGACUGCAGCUUAUAGCUUGGUAGAAUGUGUCCAUGAUCUACUUGAUCUAGCUGCUAGGAUGCUUGUUAUGGGUGGAAGGCUCGUUUACUUUUACCCCGUGCUGAGAGAAGAGGAUUCCCCUGACCCCUCUUUUCCUGAACACCCCUGUUUCAAACUCAUUGCCGUCUCUGAGCAAAUACUUAGUUAUCGUUACAGCAGAGUGCUAUUAACGAUGGUGAAGGUAGCACCAUAUACUGAAGAAAUUGCUGCGUCUGCUAGAAUUAUGCACGUAGAGUUCAAAACAAACCAUUUAAAGUGGUUAGAAGAAGGCAACCUUCACUCUGCUGUCUUUGCUCCUAAUUGUAAACAGGGAGAAAAUGGGGAAGAGACAUUUUGCAAAGAAUCGAAGCCCAAAUAUCGAGGAAAAUAUGUUUAAGGUACACGAUAUUUAUUAUUUAGGUCGAAUACACUUGUUGUAGCUCCAUUUUUACCUCUACUCUUGCUUUUAGAGAUGAUUUUUAUACCUUGACCUGUUCAUCUGAAUUUUAUAGCCUUGUGUUCAGGUUUUGGGUUAACCUUAGAACUCAGAAGUAAAACAACUUGCUUUAGUUCCUACUUGAACGCACAUGUGAUGUCAUUUUUGUCAUGUAUGAUGUAACGCUGGCUGAUUUUUGACUCUAGCUAACUACACUUUGUGUUUUGAUC